AUGACCAAGACAUUUCAGUCGGCAGCUGAUGUGCUAAGAAGCUUCAAGGAAGCUAUGGACGGCGCCGAUCGGGAGCUUUGGAAAGCGGCAUGCCGCAAGGAAGUCGACGAUCUUUCGCACUGGAGACGUCCCAAUUGGGCUGCGUCCUAUCCCUGGGAAGUGGGUAUUCGCGAAGAAACAGGCAGUCGAUGGCUCAAUGCGCUAUGA